AUGGACCGACGAGCUGCUCCAGUUAAGACGGCUCCGAGACAGGAGGAGCCUCAGUAUCAUUCGGAUCUCGAGCCUCCAGUGGAGGAGGAGGUUGAGCAGCCACCCCAGCAACCCCAAAGGAGAGCAUCGAGGGCGGUGAUGCCCCAUGUGGAUCAUGAAUUCCUGAGGGCGAUCACAUUCAUUUUCAAAAACCGUCGUCAGCGGUUCUAG